UACACGACCAAUGUAUGGCACUGGUCACGUGAAUAAAAAUAUACAAUAAAACACGCGCCGCUGGGACUAUUUUUGUUGGUCUCCUUUCACUCACUCCCCAGAAACCCAGACCACAAGGAUGAGCGCGCCGCAAGGACAGACGAAGGAGGAGGAGCAAGUGGAGCUCUUCAAGAUGAAGAAGCUCAUCAAGAGCCUUCAGAAUGCCCGAGGGAACGGGACUAGCAUGAUCUCGCUCGUGAUCCCGCCAAAGGACCAAAUUUCCCGCGUCGCCAAGAUGUUGUCGGACGAAUACGGCACGGCGUCGAACAUCAAGUCCCGCGUGAACCGUUUGUCGGUGCUUGGCGCCAUCACGUCGACCCAGCAACGCCUCAAGUUGUACACCAAGUGUCCUCCGAACGGACUCGUCAUGUAUUGCGGCACGUGCAUGACCGAAGACGGCAAGGAAAAGCGUCUCAACUUUGACUUUGAGCCGUUCAAGCCGAUCAACACGUCGUUGUACAUGUGCGACAACAAAUUUCACACGGAAGCAUUGGGCGAGCUGUUGCAAGACAACGACCGGUUCGGGUUUAUCAUCAUGGACGGUAACGGCGCGUUGUACGGCACGGUGGCCGGGAACUCGCGCGAGAUCCUGCACAAGUUCAGCGUGGACUUGCCCAAGAAGCACGGGCGUGGUGGUCAGUCCGCCAUGCGUUUCGGGCGCAUUCGGUUGGAGAAGCGACAGCACUACGUGCGCAAGGUAGCGGAGACCGCGACGCUGAUGUUUAUCACCAACGACCGCCCGAACGUGACCAACAUCGUGCUGGCGGGGUCGGCCGAUUUCAAGAACGAGCUGAACCAGAGCGACAUUUUCGACAAGCGGCUGCAAGAGAUCGUGGUCAAGAUCGUGGACGUGUCGUACGGGGGCGAGAACGGGUUCAACCAGGCGAUCGAACUGGCGGCAGACACGCUGUCCAACGUCAAGUUUGUGCAGGAGAAGAAGCUCAUCUGCAAGUACAUGGAGGAGAUUGCGAUGGACUCGGGCAAGUACUGCUUUGGGGUGACGGACACGUGGAAAGCGCUCGAGCUGGGCGCGGUGGAGACGCUCAUCUUGUGGGAGGACCUGCCGCACCACCGCAUCACGAUGCGCAACAACCAGACCGGCGUCGAAGUGCACAAGGUGCUCAGUCCGCCAGAGGAGAAGGUCGCCGCCAACUUUGUGGACGCCGAGACGGGCGAGACGCUCGAGGUGCUGGAGAAGGAGCCGCUCGUCGAGUGGUUUGCGAACAACUACAAGCAGUUUGGGACCACGCUUGAGUUUGUCACGGCGCGGUCCCAGGAAGGGUCGCAGUUCUGCCAAGGAUUCGGCGGCAUCGGCGGCAUCCUGCGAUGGCAGGUGGACUUUAUGGAGCUCGAGUACAAUGGCGAAAGCGACGACGACUUUGACGAUGACGACUUUAUCUAAGCAACCGCCUGUUUGUCUCGACGAUCGAUUUGGACGGCGGCGCGUCCAUGAUGGAUGGGUCGAGAUAAUAUAAAGAGGUUUAUGGAACGAAAUUGUGAAUGAAUGAUGCUCUUGGGUA